AUGCUGGCUCCAAGAACCCCCGUGGAGCGUCUCUCCCCAUUCUCCCCCAUCUCCGUGCAUCAUGCGGAAGUCAAACUGCCUCACAUGUCCAGGCUUACCUUCCCGGAGAGCUACUUACCGCGCCAGGAAAACUUCCUGGCGCGUCAGGACAACCACCUGGCGCGCCAGGACAGCUUCAUGACGCGCCAGGAUAACUUUUUGGCGCGUCCGGAGUCGCCUCUGCCGCGACGAAAGCAGGCCAGGCCUAGGAGGCGGUCGGGGGAGCUCUACGGGGCCCAGGAUCUCAGCGCCAAACCGGACAGUCCAGCGGAAGAUCGGGCGGAGAAUUUAUGCUUGGUUUUGGUGUUUUUGGGAGGUUAA